AUGCCGCCUUUUGGAUGGACCUCUUUCACCGAGACAUGGCACGAUAAACCAUAUCCGUUCAUAUCACCUUCACGACCGGAGCUCUCAGCAGCUGGUAAGAACGUCGUUGUAACAGGCGGAGGUACGGGUAUAGGCAAAGCCACUGCCAUCGCGUUUGCUCAGGCGGGUGCUGCAUCUGUGGCUAUUCUUGGUCGCCGUCUCGAUCGACUUCAGACUUCUGCUUCAUCUAUAACCGCAGCCGGACCUGCAACUCGAGUGUUAUUCGAAACUGCCGACACUACAAAACGCGCAUCUAUUGAUGGUGCUCUGAAGAGCAUUGUGGUCCAGGUGGGCAAGAUCGAUAUCUUUGUUUCCAAUGCUGGAGUUCUCACCAGUUACGGAGGUGUGGCUACCUACGACGUGAACGAGUUGCGACGCGGAUUCGAGGUCAACGUUAUCGGGUCGCUCAAUGCUGUGCAGGCUUUCAUCCCUUUGGCAGCCCCAGGAGCCAAGCUCUUUAAUAUUUCCUCUUCUAUCGCACACUUGGCACCGGUAGCACCAGUGGAGGAUGUGUUUGCAUACGCCGUGACCAAGUUGGCCAGUACUAGAAUGUUCGACUUUGUUGCGGCCGAGAACCCUGAGCUGCAUGUUGUGAAUGUGCAGCCAGGGAUUACUGAUACGGAAAUAAACGCCAACACGGACGUACAGGGCCUGGAUGAAGUUGAGCUCCCUGGCCAGUUUCUAGUGUGGCUUGCGUCGUCGGAGGCGAGGUUUCUUAGAGGCACAUUGGUAUGGGCCAACUGGGAUGCUGAAGAACUUAUUUCACGUGCUAAGGAAAUAGAGAACUCCUUGCUUUUAAGAGUCAUCUUGAAUGGUGUUGCAAUCUGUGUUACUUCCCCCUGCACUACCCCCAUUUUUGCAAAUGUGUAUUUCCUCGAGCUCUCCAUCUCCUACCUGAAUACGACUACCUCAUCCGCCUACCCUAAGAGUGCGGUCUCAGUCAUAAAGAACACUUUGAAUGCAGUCUCAGUUAUAAACAACUUUAUGGAGACAAGCUUUACAUCUCCGGAAAAGAAAGUUAUAACGUCAAGUCUUGAACGCUUUACGCUCAGAUCAGUAAAGACGCACUCGAUGUACGACCCCAAGCCUGGAGACCGGCUCGAGAGCCUUGAUACGCCUUCUAUGAUUGUCGAUCUCGACAUAAUGGAGGAGAAUAUCCAAAAGCUGAUGCUGCUCCUGAAGCCGCUGGCUGUUAAUAUCAGACCGCAUCUAAAAACAACCAAAAGCCCCAUUCUUGCCAAAAAGCUGAUCGCGGCAGGCGCCAAGGGAGCAUGUGUGGCCAAACUGAGCGAAGCCGAAGUCAUGGCCGCAGAAGGCAUCGAGGAUCUCUUGAUCACCUGUGAGAUAGUCGGACCAGUCAAGGUUGCUCGUCUCGUUGAGCUUUUUCGCAAACAUCCAGGAAUCCAAAUAGUUGUUGAUAGUGAAAUCGGAGCUACGGCUAUCGACACGGCGCUAAGAGAUUCUGGCAUCCAGAAGCCAAUCCAAGUUCUUAUUGACCUUGACGUUGGCUUGCAUCGUACUGGAGUCGCUCCUGAGUUGGCGCCGGCUCUUGCGCAGCACAUUUCGACACUCAGUCAUUUGAAGCUUCUCGGGAUUCAAGGCUAUGAGGGACAUCUCCAGCAUGUCCAUGGACGUGAAGAAAGAGAGAAAGAAUGCCGAGCUUCCAUGGCGAUUCUCACCGGAACUGCGACCUUGUUAAGGGGGAAAGGAUUCGACAUCCAAGUCGUCACUACUGGAGGAACGGGGACUGCCGAGUUUUGCGCCACGACCCCCGGUGUCACAGAAGUGCAGCCAGGCUCUUUCAUUUUCAUGGAUUCCGACUACAGGAAUGCAGUUGGCAGUUAUUUCUCUCAUAGUCUAACUAUCCUUUCGACGGUUAUCAGCAAAUCUGCAACCGAACGUCGUGUUACUAUCGAUGCUGGUCUGAAGACGUUGACCACUGAUAGUGGGUUUGCAGAACCAAAGGAUAUGCCUGAUGUCACUUACACGCCUAUGGGGGAUGAACACGCUUGGCUCGAAUGGAAGGAGAACAAGCCCGAUAUUCCCAUUGGUGCGAGGGUGGAAAUGAUUCCAAGUCAUAUUGAUCCAACUGUGAACCUGCAUGACUUCUACUACGCACACCGUAAUGGUGUGAUUGAGGAGAUUUGGCCUGUUGCAACGAGAGGUAGAGUCCAAUAG